AUAAACAAAACGACCGACCAAGCGACCUACCCAACCAAACCAAUGCACGGUAUUUUGGAUGCUACCACCACCAACAACAACAACAGAAACAACAACUCCCAUAACAACAACCACUCAACUCACCUUACCCUGCUUCUUCUUCAAGUGUAAUCGCUUCUUGUUGGGCCAUUUUAUAAACGACUUUUGUUGCCUAGAUGUGAGGCCCUUAAUGUAAUACGUUUUUUCAAUUCUUGUGACCAGUGAAAAGUCCAGACCAGUUGCCCAGCUAUGGCUACAUCUAUACUCACCGAUUGUAGCAGCUUCCAGGGCUCUACAACCAGUUCUUCCAGUGACAUGAUGACGGGCAGCACAACUGCGGCCUCCUCGUGGUGUGCUAUACCAACCUCAACGCGGAUACGUUUGGUGCGCCUCUUUCGUCCACACACACGACGUGUGUUGGUAACGCCCGGUGCCACGCCUUCUUAUGGUUUCUCGGUAAGAGGUGGCAAAGAAUAUAACACGGGAUUUUUUGUGUCCAACGUGGAUCGCAACAGCGAAGCUGAACAGAAGGGAUUAAGGAUUGGCGAUCAAAUAUUGCGUAUCAAUGGAUUUCGAAUCGAUGAUGCCAUUCACAAGGAAUUCUGCCAACUUGUUACUAGUCAAGAUCGUUUGGUACUGAAAGUGCGCAGUGUGGGCAUGUUGCCAUCGAAAGAAACGGAUUCCGAUAAUCUCUCCUGGAAUGUGGUGAAAAUUCCCAGCAUUAGUAGUACCCCAUCCGAAUGCUCUUUCCAAUCGAGUGCCAGUACAGAUCAUUCCAUGCUGCGCAAUCGCAAUGAACGAGUCGUAAAUAUUGUCCUCAAUGUGGCGCCACGUACCAAACUUGGCUUGGGUAUAUGCAAGGGACCCGAAUGGAAACCUGGGAUUUUCGUACAAUUCACCAAGGAGAAAAGUGUGGCAAGAGAGGCAGGACUACGACCCGGAGAUCAAAUUUUAACUGUCAACAGCAUUGAUUUCUCCGAUGUCCUGUUCAGUGAGGCGGUGGCCGUUAUGAAAAGCUCCAAUAAAUUAGAUAUGACCGUACACAAGGGUGCCGGAUGUGAUCUUUUCCCUGGGGAGUCAAGUGGUUACAACAGUUCUGCCAGCUCUGUGACCGGUGAUCAAAGUCCCUGUUGGGGUGAUGUCAAAUCGAAACGUUUGACUUCGGUAAGAGAAGAAACAAAUGUGACACCACCAUCACCAAACCAUAGCUCGACGAUGGCAAAACCCAACAUUUGGAAUCAGGGUCUAUACGAAAAUGAACCCCGAUCAAGAUCCAAAUCGAAUGCAGAACGUUGCAUGAAAUCCAUGGUCAUUGAUUCCAAUGCCCCGGAUGGUACCAUGAAAAAUUCCUCGAAAUCUCAUAAGGAGAUAAAUAAAACAAUUAUCAAGCUCUCCGAGAGUGGUACAUCCAUGAACAACACCUAUGUGGCCACCAAUCAAACAACAUCACAUGGGAUCAAGGCGGAUCCCAUGUGUCACAGUUCCUUGACAAGUGGCUACAGUGAAAGUGUGUCCAGCAAUGACAAUGAUUACAAUGUUGCCACACUGACAAAGAACAAUCAAUCAGCUGGGGAUAGCAAGAGUACCAUACCACCAGUUCCACCACCAAUUGCCAUACAUAAUUCUAAUGCGCCUAAAAGUAUGCACAGCACACUGAACAGCCAUCAAACACCCACAUUUAAGGAUUCCAACAUUAAAUUGGGUGGCCUGGCCUCGACCAUGCAAAGAUAUGCCACCCUGGCAAAUUAUGUGGCCAUAAAUGAUUUACCCAAUUCCUGCUCCUCCUCCCCCUCCUCCUCAAAACCCAGUGGAGACAACGAACGUGAAACAACAUUACCUUCGGGAUCAAACACUCUUAACGACAACUGCAGUCUAUCAAAUGCCAUUACCGAGGAAUUAAAGAAACGAAGAGCGAAACGCCAACCGAAUUGUCAGCCCUCACAGCGCAGUGAUGGCUUGAACAACAAUUCCACCAGCGUCGCUGGGGAGCAAAAAUCUUCCCCGAAGAGCCAUAAUUCUCACAUUGCCACUGAUGACCAACACAGUGCUCUCAUGAAUGAGUUUAAGCAGGCUCAUAAACGCAUGUUCCGAAAUGGCUUCAAGGAUUCGGAGUCUUCUGAAAAUCAAGACCGUCAAGAAGCUCUUAAACGUACAACGAUGAUGGAUGACCCAACAACAUAUCGGGCAAAAGGCACAAGACCGCCAAGUAAAAUUGAGACGGCGGAAAAAACAAAAGAAAAGACACAACAAGAAACCAGUAACAACAACAGCAGCAACAGCAGCAACAACAUAAAUAACAGCAAUAACACCAACAACAACAUCAGUCACAUACCAAAACCACCGCCCAUGCAGUUGUCACCACCGUCCACGAAUAACAACUUGAAGACCCAACAAUUUUCACAGAAAUCCCAGGCGUUUAAUUCAGCAAAAUCAUCGUCAUCAUCAUUGUAUUCUAAUGAUCUUACGUCUUCCGGUGUUACGCUUAGAUCAUCAAUGUCAUCCGCAAAUGAUGGUAUGGGCCAGAAUAGUGAACUCUAUAGGAAUUCCAAUAGGAACACGACCACCGUGCCACUGCCCAUCAAUCAAAAUCGACAAACAUUAAGAUUGGGCACCGUGACAAUUGGGGAAUAUCAACAGCCAGGUGCUAGAAAAGAACCGGAAAAGUUUGAUUUUAUUGGGUCGACAGCAAAACGUCAGGAAUCGGCAGCAACAUCAGCAUCAUCAUCGCCCACAUAUCAACAUGAAACGCUGCAAAGUGAAUUACACAGCACGCUGUCAAGGUCAAAAUUGAAGAAGACAAAUGGUUCCGUUUUGGAACAUCAGCGUAAUUGUCCAUUACAUCAAAGUCAACAACAACAGCAGCAUCAUCAGCAGCAACAUAAUAAUCAUCAUCACCAUCAUCAACACCAGCAUUCCUCCCAUCAUCAUCAGCAACAGCCGCAGUAUGAAUAUCAAAAUGUCAAUUUCAAUAAUACAUUCAGCGUUUCCGAGAUGACAAACAAAUUGCAAAAGACCUCCAUAAAUGGUGGUGGUGGGGGCUCCUCUAAUCACAGCCCAACCAGCACUGCCACCACUGCCGGAGGUAUUUUAAAGAAUGGCAAUCGCAAUAGUUCGUCCAGCGGCAGUAGCAAUAAAUCCACUGAAAAGUCCAUUAAAUUCGGUUAAAUUUCAUGGAAGUGGUUUUUGGCGUUCGUUUUUUUUUUUUUGCUGUUGGUAAACCGUCACAAUUUGUGCGAAUUUAUUUGCAAUAUUUGUAGGUUUUAUUUUAAUGUUGUUGUAUAUUUUAUAUCAUAUAAAAAACAAUUAUUAAUAUUAUUAGUAUUUAUGUGAAUGCAAAGGUAUGAGGCCUGUGAAGGUGUAGUGCAUCGGGGAAACUUUUAAAACCCGUUUAACGAUCACGUUCAAGGAAUUUGGUUUUGAUGUUGUUUUUCAAUUUUUAGGCUAGAAUACAUUUAAUUUUAUAGUCAAAUUUAAAGCUACUUUGUCUACAUUUAUGUUAAGCAUUUUUAUAACAUACUUUAAGGCGCUUCACACAAUUUGUUAUCUGAAGAAAAUGGUUUAUAGUACAUAUUUAUAUAUUCAUAUUAUAAGUGUAAUAUAAAUUUAAUAUUUGUAUAUUAUUUACCAUUAUACACCAUAUAUUUUA